UUUCCUCUCCAAUAAAUAAUCAAAUCGAACCAAAAGGCAGACAAAAACCCCUCUUUCCUCUUCGCCGCAUCAAUUCCCUGCUCUCCCCUAUCUUUGUUUAAUCUUCUCUCCACCUAUAUAUGAUAUCCAUUAGUCCUUCUACUCUUCCCUAUGGCCAUGGAAUCCUGGAUGGUGGAGAGAGCCACAGAGGAGCUACAGUUGCUGGAAGCGCAGCAUCCCAACCGCUUUGACUACCUCAAGCUCGAGCUCAAAUCUAUCAUCUCCCAACCCAUCUUCUGCCCUUCCUCUUCCCCUGCUACAACCCAAGUGUCCUCCAACAGGAAGAGGAAGGGUGGUGAGAUGCGAGGGGAGGGGAGUGAUGGGUGGGAGCAGCAGAGGGUACAGAAGUCAUCAUCUGGCUCAGAGCAGCAGGGUGGAGAGGUUGAUGGGAAGUGCGGGGACAGGGUGGAGAUUGCCAUAAAACGUGCACAGGCUUGCUUGAAGAGGAUUCGACGGCUAAAGCAGGACUUCUUUUGUUAGCUGUUACUGUUUACUUAGGCUACCAUGAACAUCCUCUCUACAAAAAAACCUAUCUUCCAUUAUGAGAGCUUGCAGCAAUAGAGCGGGGCCACUGUUAAUUUUGGCUUUACUUUUGGACAGUGUUGCCCGUAACAUUUCAUUUCUUGUCUUGUAUAAGGCUUUUGUUUCUUAAAAAAGAUUCAGCAGACAGCCAAUGUAAGCAGAUAUGUUACCUUUAGUUUAAAGGUCACCAACUCUUGUCA